AUGGCAACCUUCGAUGAUGUUGAUUUCGGCGUGGAAACGCCCACACAGCCUGUCAAGAGCAAAUCAAAUGAUGCUUCUGCCCACAUUCAUGAGGGAGCUCUUGCUAUUCCCAUGUCACCUACCUCAACGACACAUGACGCCAUUGAGAUACCUGCUACAAGAUCUCCUCAUGCAGAUGCCUCCAAGUACAUGCAUAACCUUUCUCUCUCUCCGUCGAUGAGAGACAGGAGGUCGUCUCGGAAUUCCUUUGGCACUUCACUGCCCAUUCCACGUUCCAAGAGACAGUCUCGACUCAGCUCCGUCCACCAUAUCGAUCGAGAUGCCGUCUUGGGGCCCGGUGCCGUUCCUAUCCAGCCAACCCGAGACAUUCUAGCUGCCCAAGUCCAAGACAUAUCUGCAGACAAGGCGAAGAAAGCCAAGAAUAUGGCAUUCGUAUUCGAUAUUGAUGGCGUAUUGGUACAUGGAGACCGGUUGAUCCCUGAGGGAAAGAGAGCUCUGGAGAUUUUGAAUGGAGACAAUGAGCUUGGAAUCAAGAUUCCACACAUCUUCCUGACAAACGGUUCGGGCAAACCAGAGCUAGCCCGUACGCAACAGCUGGCCAAGAUCCUGCAGAAUCCUGUCAACACAGAACAGUUCAUUCAAUCACACACCCCAAUGCGCGCUCUUGCCGAAUACUACAACACGGUAUUGGUCGUUGGAGGAGAGGGAUACCGAUGCCGAGAGGUAGCGGAGCAGUACGGAUUCCGUGACAUCGUGGUGCCGAACGACAUUGUGGCUUGGGACACCACCAUCGCCCCUUACCGUGUGUUUACGGACGAAGAGCGUGCCAGCUCGAGGCCUCGUGAUUUCUCCAAGACGAACAUCGAGGCAAUUCUGGUCUUUUCCGACUCACGCGACUACGCUACAGAUAUGCAGAUUAUCAUUGAUCUUCUGAGAUCUGAGGAUGGCCGACUGGGCACCGUAGCUGCCGAUCCUCUUUCUCAGCGGAUUCCCAUCUACUUCUCCCAGGGAGAUAUGCUGUGUCCCACGGAGCAUCCAAUCCCUCGCAUGAGCCAAGGCACUUUCCGUAUCGGCCUCGAGGCUAUGUAUAAGGCGCUCACUGGGGUUGAUCUGGAACGUGUAGUGUACGGAAAGCCUGAGAUGGCGACGUACAAGUACGCCGAUGAGGUUAUCGCAUCAUGGAUGGAGCAACUCCACGGAGAGGAGCGCAUACCCGAAAACAUUUACAUGGUCGGUGACAACCCAGCCUCGGACAUUAUCGGAGGCAAUAUGUAUGGUUGGAACACUUGCUUGGUGCGCACUGGUGUAUUCCAAGGUGGUGACAAUGACGAGGCCAACCCGGCCAACUUUGGCGUCUUCCCAAAUGUUUUGGAGGCUGUCAAAACAGCAUGCCGGAAGCAACUUGGAGAUUCUUUUGGCUUUGAGUGGGAUGACCGCGUCAACCCCGUAUUGCAUGGCGAGAAGCAUGUUGCUUCGGCGAUAGAGUAA